AUGGGCUUCGAGCAGGGACUGUUUGCCUUCCCUUCAUGUUCUUUCUCAGUCUCAGCGAUGGAACGAACGGCGAGGAAGAUUGUGAAUUUGGAUGAUCACAUUGCAUUGGUCUGUGCUGGGCUCAAAGCUGAUGCUCGUGCCUUGAUAAACAAGAAGUAUACACAAAGUGGUGGUGUUAGACCGUUUGGGCUUUCAACUUUGAUUAUUGGCUUUGACCCAUACACAGGUGCACCGGCACUAUAUCAGACAGAUCCUUUUGGGACAUUUUCAGCCUGGAAAGCAAAUGCCACUGGAAGAAACUCUAACUCAUUACGUGAGUUUCUUGAGAAAAACUACAAGGAGACAGCUGGGCAAGAAACCGUCAAGCUCGCCAUUCGUGCUUUGCUUGAGAUUUGUUAA